UGUGAUGCCCUUGAUGUGACAUUCACACAUUUCAAGAUCGGUGAAAAUUUUACCAAACAGACGUUAUAGCAACAAUAGCCGAGUCGGUGCGCGAGAGUUGAUUUUCCUUGGAUCCACUUGGAAAAUUCGGACUGUACAUCUGUUCCCAUUCCACCAUCAGCAAGCUAUCCCGUGCAUUACUGUCGACUGUGAAAAUGGCUCUCAACAAGCUUAGCAUCGAAAACGUCGAUCUGAAGGGCAAGCGGGUGUUUAUGCGUGUCGAUUUCAACGUCCCCAUCAAGGAGGGCAAAAUUACCAGCAAUCAGCGCAUUGUGGCCGCGCUCGACAGCAUCAAGUUUGCGCUCGAGAAGGGUGCCAAGUCGGUGGUGCUGGCGUCCCAUCUGGGCCGCCCGGAUGGUAACAAAAACGUCAAGUACACGCUUGCCCCGGUAGCGGACGAGCUGAAGAAGCUGCUCGGGCGUGAUGUAACCUUCCUGAACGAUUGCGUCGGGGCGGAGGUGGAGGCGGCCUGCAAGGAUCCGGCUCCGGGUUCGGUCAUCCUGCUGGAAAACGUCCGCUUCUACGUGGAGGAGGAAGGCAAGGGUGUCGAUGCGAGCGGCAAUAAGGUAAGGGAGCAGCUGGGUGCAGCUUAUCACCAUAGCAACGGGGGUGCGGAGACAAUAGACAGAGGGCUAAAAAUAGUGCCUGCUUUGUUUACUGCCGCUGGCGGGCACACUGAGAUUAUCACCCGAACAAUCCCCCAUGCAUUGCAUAAUGAACUCACUUUCGCUUUUCCCCUUUGUUUCUUUUCUCGAUGGCUCGGGAAUGCACAGGUUAAGGCCGACAAAGAUAAGGUGAAAACAUUCCGCGAAAGCUUGGCCAAGCUGGGCGACGUGUACGUGAACGAUGCGUUCGGUACGGCCCACCGUGCCCACAGCUCGAUGAUGGGCGAGGGCUACAGCCAGCGGGCGGCCGGUCUGCUGCUGAACAAGGAGCUGCGCUACUUCUCGCAGGCGCUCGACAACCCGCCCCGCCCGUUCCUGGCCAUCCUGGGCGGCGCGAAGGUGGCGGACAAGAUCCAGCUGAUCGAGAACCUGCUGGACAAGGUGAACGAAAUGAUCAUCGGCGGCGGCAUGGCGUUCACCUUCCUGAAGGUGCUGAACAACAUGGAGAUCGGCGGCUCGCUGUUCGAUGCCGAGGGGGCCAAGAUCGUGCAGAACCUGGUGGACAAGGCGAAGAAGAACAAUGUGCAGCUGCACCUCCCGGUUGACUUUGUGACGGGCGACAAGUUCGCGGAGGAUGCGGCGACCGGCGAGGCCACGGUGGCCAGCGGCAUCCCGGCCGGCCACAUGGGCCUGGACAUUGGGCCGAAGUCGCGCGAAGCGUUCGCGGCCCCGAUCGCCCGCUCCAAGAUCAUCGUCUGGAACGGACCGCCCGGUGUGUUCGAGUUCCCCAACUUUGCCAACGGCACCAAGUCGCUGAUGGAUGGGGUGGUGGCGGCGACCAAGGCCGGCACGGUCUCGAUCAUUGGCGGCGGCGAUACGGCGUCGUGCUGCGCCAAGUGGGGCACCGAGUCGCAGGUGUCGCACGUGUCGACCGGUGGCGGUGCGUCGCUGGAGCUGCUCGAGGGCAAGGUGCUGCCGGGCGUGGAUGCGCUCAGCAGUGCGUAAAUGUGACGCGAGGCGCAACCACUCUCAUUAUUACUCACUAAGAAGCAUUACUACAGUCACUACUACUCUCGUUAUCGUAUUGUUCGCGUGCUAUUGUGUAGGCAAGUGUGCUCGUCCCCCCCAAAGUCAUGUCAUUAAGCAGUCCAUCGUGUACCGGAAGAACGAUCAGUAGCUCCUUCGAAAAAGGGUCCGGAAAUGUAAGUUUUGGAUCUCGAGGACGGUCGUUUUUCUCGUUGCAUAGAGGAAUAAAAAGUUUAGCGUGAAAAUAAACACCCAAAAA